GUAACCCGGAAAAAAACAGCGACUCCAAAUACAACGGUGGCUAAAGUUAGCAUACAGCUACAUGCUAUCAGUAUCAUUUUGCAUUUAUUAGCACGCUUCAAACAGCUCUGAAACACUUCCUUGAAUACUUUGGCUUUCCCAUGGUUGCGAGGCGAUAGUUUUACCACUUCAAAAAGUAACUUUAUUUGUAAAGAAAUACGUCUGGCGCUUGCGUACCCUGCUAAAGAAGACACCCGGCGGCUAACUUGGUUAGCUCUCCCUGCCAUAUAAUGCAUAAAACGAGUUUAGCGGUUCAUCGCGAGCCCCGAAAAACCGCGGGGAAUCGCAUGUCCAAGUUGCUGGACGCCGAGGAAGAGGACGAGUUCUACAAGACCACCUAUGGAGGAUUCAACGAUGAAUCGGGAGAUGACGAGUACCAUGAAGAUCAUUCAGACACGGAAGAUGAAGUUGACAGUGAUUUUGACAUUGAUGAAGGGGAUGAGCCAGACAGCGCGCAGGAGGACGAUGCGCCUCGAAGGAAGAGUCGAGUUGUGACUAAAGCAUAUAAGGAGCCUGUGAAGGUGGCCAAGCCCAAGCCGCGCCCCAAAAGACCCACCGAGGAAACAAAGAAGGCUGAGAAGAAACCCAAAGCAGAGCUGAAGCGGAGGAUCCCGCAAGAAUUUCAAGACAGCGGAGCCCGCAAGUCUGUGCGACAGUCCACCAGCGAGCAUACCCGCAAGACCAACCUGCGCCUGCAGGAGCGCCAGGACGCACCUCGACGCCGUAGGGGGGCGCAUCGCGACCGACCCCUCACCCAAGAGGAACUUCUAGCUGAGGCUAAGAUCACUGCUGAACUAAACAUUCGAUCACUGGAAAACUACGAGCGUCUAGAAGCAGACAAAAAGAAGCAAGUCCACAAAAAGCGAAGAUUCGAAGGCCCGACCAUCCGCUACCACUCUGUCCUGAUGCCAAUCGUCUCGUCGUCUCUUCUAAAAGAGGAGAACGUCGACGUAGAAGGGUUGGACCAGGACGUUCCGCCGACGGCGCCGGCGAACCCCGCCACGCCAUCCCAGCCCCAGCAGCCCGCCGGCGGUCUCUGCUCGCGCACCUUUGUGACAUUCAGUGACGACGAGGCGUUCGAUUGCGCCUUCCCAAGCGGGGCUCAGGCAAGUCCUCAGAUCCCAGUGCAGGAAAUCUGCCCCGUCACCCACAAGACGGCGCUGUACCGGGACCCCGUCACAGACAUCCCGUACGCCAACGCGCGGGCCUUCCGCAUUAUCCGCGAGGCCUACCGUAAGUAUGUGGCCAUUCACGGGUUCCCCAAUGCGUCGGGAGGGAUGUCGGGAAGGGACGCGGCUUCCAGAGGCACGCGCCACAGGAUGGUGGCCAAGCAGAGCACACUCGCCACGUAAAUGGGAUUCUUUUUCUUUGGUUUCUGGGAACACUACAUCCAACAAAACUGUACAAUUGGACUCUUCACCAGGCAGAAGAUUCAUUUCGAUGAUUAAUUUCAGGAUUACAGGACAUCAAAUCCAGAUUGAGUGGAUUAAAACCUUUGGACUCCCUCUUCUGCUCUAUCUUUUUUGUUUUCUUUCAAUAAACUGCCCUUUUGUACUGUGAAAAUAUGACCUUAUGACAAGAAAUAAAAUGUAGCUGGUACACUGCUUUGACGCUACAGUUCAGGGGUGUGGAUAAUUUAUAUUUAGCCAUCCAAUGAAAAGUAGUAAUGAUUUAGAAUG